AUGUCGGUCGACGACAGCAAGGGUCAUGAUACAGUCCAACCAGAAAAGAAAAAGCCUAGAUGGAUUAGCUACCUAUGGGAUACCUUUGACAAACCUCCUGCCGAACGACGACUGCUCAUGAAGCUUGACGCUGCGUUGUUAUGUUUUGGGGCAGUAGGUUAUUUUGUCAAAAGCGUGGAUCAGUACAAUAUCAACAAUGCCUUCGUCUCGGGAAUGAAGGAAGACCUAGGGUUAUAUCAAAACCAACUGAACUAUAUUCAGACGGCAUGGUCGUUGGGAUACAUGUUAGGACAGAUCCCUAGCAAUAUCAUUCUCAGCCGCGCACGACCGAGAUAUUGGAUACCAAGCUUGGAGGUCUGCUGGUCUGUUCUAACACUCUCGUUGUCGAGAUGCAACCACGCUUACCAAUUCUACAUCAUCCGGUUUUUGGUGGGCCUUUGCGAAAGUGGAUAUUACCCAGGAAUCCAACAUUCACUCGGUUCCUGGUACCGACGCGAUGAGCUCGGAAAGAGGGCUUGUAUUCUUCAAAUCUGCAGCGCUGUUGGCCAAAUGGUCUCGGGAUAUAUGAUGGGUGGUGUAUACCACUUGGGAGGGUAUGGAGGACACAAGGGCUGGCAAUGGGCGUAUAUCAUUGAUGGAUCCUUAUCCUUACCGAUGGCUAUAGCUGGGUUCUUUUUGCUCCCUGAUGUGCCUGAGAUCACCAAGUCGUGGUAUCUCAGCGAAGAGGAAAUCAAACUUUCCCAACUACGAAUGCAACUCGAGGGAAGAAAGCCGCGAUCGAAAUACACCAAAGCUAAACUAAAACGGAUCUUCACCUCGUGGCACAUUUAUCUAAUGUCCAUUGUUUAUGUGGCUUUCAAUAAUGGAAUCACAAACACACAACCUGUGUUUCAGCAAUUUCUUCGCAAUUCGAAAAAUCCAGAAUAUUCAGUCUCCCAGGUCAACAACUACGCGACAACAACGUCAGCGAUGCAAGUCUUUAUGACGAUUAUUUACGCCUGGCUAUCCGACACGGUUCUCAAAGGUCGCCGGUGGCCGCCUCUUGUAUUCGGAGGAUUUGUAAAUAUUAUUUGCUACGUCUCGCUGGCUGUGUGGAAUGUCCCCAAAUGGUGGAAAUGGACAUGCUUUAUUGGCGCCGGAGCAUCGUAUGGUUUGGGAGGGCUAUGCAUGGCCUGGGCCAACGAAGUCUGCGAACGCGAUAGCGAAGAACGCGCCAUCACAAUCGCAGCCAUGAACGAGAUCGCCUACCUUCUCCAAAUCUGGCUUCCGCUGAUCGUUUGGCAGCAAGUCGACGCGCCACGGUACUUUAAAGGUUAUGUUACUGUAUCCUGCAUGUCCGUCCUUCUCAUUGUUAUGUCGCUGGUCGUUCGCCAUCUGCACAAUCGAGAACAAUCAGCCGGGGUGGUGAAGCGCCAUCAGGGUCCUGGUGUCGACAGCUGUUUACAGCUGCAAACGCAUACCCAUGAUAACAAUCUGCAGCAGGGUGAAAAGGACAAGGGAGAGAAUAGAAACACUGCUGGCCAAGGCCAUGGAGCUUCCGAUCUUGAAUUGGCAAAGUCAAUGGCUUUUGUAUCAACGUUAUCCCCGGUCUCGAGCUCGUCGGCAUCAACAACGACGAUGGCGAAAGAGUAUCGUCAUCACAAAGAGGUUCUGUCGCCAACGGACUCGGUCGAUAUUGAGAUGGAGACUCGUCCGUCGAGAAUUGUUUGA